AUGGUUAGACUCACUCCGCUCGCCUCUCUCUCGUUGGUGUUAGGCCUACUGGCCGUCAUCACGCCUUCCUCGCAGUCACAAUCCGGAUUAGAGGCGCGCAGGAACAGAUCAAAGGUGGUGACGAUCAGCCAGUCUGCCUGCUCUACCAUCAAGGGAUCUGGAAACGCUGUCAAGCCUCUGCCCACAAAGUCUAGCGCUACCACGGUGCACGACAUCAUCAAGGUGAUUUAUAGAACCACGCUUACCACCUCCGUCACUCCCGCCCCAUCCACCGUCAUCUCCACGGCAACCUCCACUAUCACCACUACCACGACAGAUCCGGCCAUUACCGACACGUAAGUGCCGAACCUUUGUGCAGAGGAGAGUUGUUUGCGUACCCAUUCUGACGCAAAUGUUUCACAACCCGCGUCAGAUUGACCGUCUCGGAAAGGCCAACGACGAGGUUCACCGAGACGGCGACGGUCACGUCGACGGCAACUGCAGAUGGAGGCACUGUCACGACGACCACGACGGCCACCACCACCAUUCCCGCUCUUGCCGGAUUCACGCCGCUGGCAAGCCAGAUAAGCGCAGCUGGCCAGACACCUGCCUACCGUCGAUCUCUCGCCACUUCUGCGCCUGGCGUGGGAAGCCUCUUGGCUCGCAAGCAGCAACGACAAAAUGCGGGCUUCUGCGACAAGAAGGGCAAAGCGUUGCAGCCAAAAUCUGUCACGUGUAGAAAACGCGUCGAGGUUUUGACCUACACACAAUCGACCGUGACCGCCAAAAAGCAAGAGACCGUCACUGUUCCUGCUCAGACGGCAACCAGCACAACAACCGUCCAGACGACGACCACAGAGACAUCUGCUCUGCCCCAAGUGUCCGUCACGACCACGACGACGUUGCCCGUUGUGACGCAGACGGUGACCACCACAACCACCGCGACCACGACCACAACGACGACGGCUACUGCAACGGCGUCAGCCACUGCCACGGACUACGAGGCAUGUCGAGCGAACAAUUUUGUGGACAAAAUCAAUGGUCGAUACGUUUCGGGCGGAGAUGGGUCGUACAUUCAAACAAUCACUUCCAAAGCGAGCAAAGAAGAUUGUUGCGCGUCGUGCGCAACUGCUGCAAAUUGCGAAUUCUUUGCAUUCUCACAAAAUGGCAGGGGCGAUUGCUACACCUUCACUCCUCUCCCGGGCGGUACGUGUCCAGUCAGAUACACCCUUGACACUAGCGAGUCUAGGGGUCUAGAGGAUUCGUUUGCAGUCGGAAACGGUGCUUGUGGCACGUGGUCGGCUUGA